GAAAGGGGACAAGCACAUCACGGGCUUCCUGGGGCUGCAGCCCCCGGCGCAGUUCCUCAUUCUCCUCGCACUCGGGCCUCAGGCUCAGUGGAGCUCAGCACUGGGGUGUUGGUGGCAGCACUGAGGGGCCCCCCACUGCCCCAUCAUGGCGUCUGCUCCCACCGUCCUCUUUCUUGGCUGCUGGCUGGCUGGUCACAGCGGGGUGUGGGGAGAGCCCAGCUACCCCAAACCCAACAUCUCCCUGAGCCCCAGCGGAGGGGUCUCCCUGGGGGGAGCCGUGUCCGUCUGGUGUCGGGGGCAGCACUGGGGCAUGCGGUUCGUGCUGAAUAAAGAGGGACGCCAUUUCCCACCUGUGGCUUCGAGCGGGUUUGAGGCUGUGUUUCCCAUCAGCAACGUGAGCCGGGAGGACCGGGGGAACUACAGCUGCUCCUAUCAGAACAGAUCGGGGUCAGCCGCCGCAUCGCCCCCCAGCGACCCCGUGGAGCUGGUGGUGAGAGAUCCCAGCUUACCCAGACCCUCCAUCUCUCUGAGCCCCACUGGAGUCACAGCCCCAGGGGCAGAUGUCACCAUCCGGUGUCAGGGGCAGCGCCAGGACGUGAGGUUCUUCCUGCACAAGGCUGGAGACCUGAACCCGCCGCGACACAUGGACCCUGCUGGGGACGGGGCCGAGUUCCACAUCCCCACCGUGGGCCGGCAGCACGGAGGGAACUACAGCUGCAGCUACCGGCCCCGAUCAGAGCCCUUCAACUCCUCGGACCCCAGCGACCCCGUGCAGCUGAUGGUAGCAGGCGAAUCGGGACCUCUGGCACCUCCGUGUCUGACCAUCCACAUCAUCGCCGGGGCGAGUGCGGCAGCCGCCGGCCUCCUCCUCCUGGUGGCCUUCCUCUGCUUCCGAAAAACCCGAGCCAGAAAAGGAGCUGCACGGAGAUCGAGCAGCACCAGCCGUAUGGGGACAUUAAAGGCAUCGGCUCAGCAAGACCCCAUCUACGACUCUAUCGACGAGGGAAAAGAGCCACAGACCCUGGGGGAAAGCUGCCCCUGAGUCUGCCCAGCCCAGCGUGUACGCCGCGAUCAACAUGACCCGGGGGGCCCCGCAGUGAGAGCCCCCUGCAGCCAUGGGGCACCUGGCCCCAGGGGGCGACAGACUCACCCCCCUUGCAGCGCCAGUCCCAGAGAACUCUGCUUCUAAGAAGCUUUAGGGGAGAUGCUGCCCUCCCCCCACUGCUGCCCCGUCCCAUUGAGCUGCUGGCCCCCUGCCCCCUCCAGACCCACAUGUAGGGCCGGUGUGGGGGGCUUAGCACCGGGAGGGGGAGAGGAUGUGCCGAGGCUGUCUAUGUUAUUUUGCAUCCUGUUAAUCUCCAGCUUUGUAAUAAACACAGAACCACAAACCA